AUGCCCCCUAGUGGACUCGCAAACUCCAAACCAAACAUCGUCAUCUUUAUGCCAGACCAGCUAAGAUAUGACGCACUCGGGUGUUGCGGGAAUUCAAGGGCAAAGACACCGAACCUGGAGAAAUUCGCGUCUCGAGGCAAUCUCUUCACCAAUUGCUUUUCACAGGCCAGUGUCUGUUCCCAAAGCCGUUGCUCGAUGUUCACAGGCACUUAUCCGCACGUCUCUGGUCAUCGCAGCCUCGAAAAUCUCAUCAAGCCGUGGGAGCCCAACCUCUUUCGCAGCCUGAAGGAAGAUGGCUACCACGUCGCCUGUCUGGCUCCUCGGGGAGAUACAUUUGCUCCGACCGUGACCGAGCUGAGUGUUACAGAGUACGGAUUCCUCGAGACACCAGAUUUUCUUCCCAAAUCGUCGCCAAGCGAGCAGCGCACUGAGGAAGAAGACAUCUGGGCAAGGUUGUUCUAUAAAGGGGUCCGCGAUCCUCAAAAGACUCUCGAUUACGACGAGGCGCUUGUGCGGUCUGCUUUGGCCUGGCUCGACUGUCCACCUGCUGAACCGUGGGUGCUAUUCAUGCCGCUGCUCUUCCCACACUGCCCGUUCUCGGUCGAAGAGCCCUAUUUCUCAAUGCACCCUCGAGACGACAUGCCGCAGCGUGCAUUAUCUGAGGCCAAAACAGGCUACGAACCCAGGUACAUGCAAGUCAUCCGAGAGAGGUAUGGGACUGCACGAGCCACGCCUGCUAUGUGGGCCGAGAUCCAAGCCACGUACUAUGGGAUGAUCACCCGGUUGGAUGAACAGUUUGGUCGUGUCGUGGACAAGUUGGAUGAGCGUAGCCUGUGGAGCGACACCGUGACGUUCUUCUUCACCGACCAUGGGGAGUAUCUCGGUGACUACGGGCUGAUCGAGAAGUGGCCAUCCGGGCUGUCAGACUCUCUUGUUCGAAAUCCCCUUAUCAUCGGCGGUGCAGGGCUUCCACAAGGGUUGAGGCACGAUGCUCUGACAGAGAUGGUUGACCUGGUGCCAACUGUGUUCCAAAUGUGUGGCAUAGAUCAACACUUUCCGCACAAUGGGCUAUCCUGGAUGCCGCUACUUACGGGGUCUUGCUGCAGUCACAAGUCAUUCGCAUUUUCUGAAGGCGGAUUUCUCACAAGCGAAGAACCACUACUGGAACAAGCGCCAUAUCCAUAUGAUGUCAAGGCCGCGCUCCAACAUGAGGACACUAAACUUGUUGGUAAAGCAAUCAGCUGUCGAGACAAAGAGUGGACGUACAUCUUCCGCUUGUAUGAGGCCCCAGAACUGUACAGUCGGCCAAAUGAUCCAUCGGAACUUCACAAUCUGGCGGCAGAUCCAAAGUACGUUCCCAUCGCUCGCAGGAUGGAAAGUGAGUGCUUCAAGUGGCUGGUGGCAACGAGUGACGCGCUACCAUUCCAGAAAGAUCCGCGCUUCCCCCAAGUGGCACUGCCCAGUCCGAAAGAGCUCCUGCUGGAGAGGAUCCAGGCCUCAUCCAAGGUCCGCGUGAAUGGUACGAAAUAG